AUGAGAAGGGUGCAGGUGGGAAGCGACGAGAGUGUGCAGGCCACAGCGAGCGAUGCUGCAGCUGGGAAGCUUAGCGCGGCUUCAUUAGGGUACUUCGAGGAUCGCUUCUUGGAAGUCCUCGUCGGUGCAGCCGGUGCGCCCGUGCCCGGCACAGCAGAGGCAACAACGCCUCCUGUGCGACGGUUACCUCCAAUCAUCAACCGAGGAAAUUUCGCUCGUGUUUCUUGUAUGGAGAAGCUCGUGCUGGAGUUCAUCGGUACUUCGCCGAGUCAUCCUUCAUCAGUACCUCACCACGUCAGAGGAGACGGUGACGAGCACCCAAGCCAUAAGACCGAUUGCAAAGAGUCCCAGAGUAGCAUUGAGGAGCACCUAGCGCGAAAACCACAGGUGAUUUCGCUCGGGGCGGGUAAGGAUUCCUUGUUUUUCCGAUUGAUGGACAGAGGGACGGCGGCAUCAGGGGGCUACUUUGAGGUUGAUUUCCCGGCGGUCUCGAGAUGGAAAGGCGGGUUGGUCGCCAAGACGCCCAUCCUGUCGGCUCUAGCAAACGAUUUGUACAAGCUGGUGGCGGCUGAUCUUCGGGACAUCACCGCACUUGAAGACGCCCUUAUCAUAGCGGGGGUGGAUUUGGCGGCGCCCACCAUCUUCCUGGCGGAGUGCGUACUGGUGUACAUGGAGCCGGCCGAUUCCGGCGCGUUGUUGCAGAGAAUGGGCUGUUUGCUGCCCGGUCUCGAGCCAUACCCCAGCCUGCUGUCGCAAGAGGAGCGCUUCAAAAAGUCUGGUUGGGACUCGGCGAAUGCGAUCGACAUGCUGCAAGUGUUCCAGGAAUUAUUAGACCCCGCAGAGGUGCGGCGUGCUUCGAAGAUCGAAAUUCUGGACGAGAUUGAAGAGUGGGAGCUGAUUAUGCAUCACUACUGCCUCGUGGUUGCUGCCAAGGGCGAAGAUACUGUCGCUCGCCUGAGCGGAAACCCGGUGCUCUCGAGGUAGUAUUUGUUUGCUUGUUUGCCGGACAAGUGGUGGCGGAACACCAUCUGUUUUAUUAGGACUGCGGAUGGCACAUGAUCGGCAUGCAACAGAGUUGAUGGUCGUUGGGCUCGAUGGACAUGUCGCACUCCUUGCCGUCUUGGAAGUUGUGCACAGUCGGUACCGCUCCUGAAAGCGAAGAUGGUGUCCUAUACUGAGAGAAAUACAAGGCAGCGGUUAAGGGAGGGGUGAUAUGUAUGACAGGUUUUGGCCAAAAAGUAGUUUGUUUCCUGAAUCAGCUGCGUUACCGUCGAUCCCCCUACUGUG